AUGUACGUGAAAUGCUUUGAUACAGUAAUGUUUUACUAUGUGAUUUUAGUGUAUUUAGUGAAUGUCACUUUUUGUCAUUUUCAAAUUUCCCGCCAGUUCCGUCCCCUGUACGUCCCGACGCUCGCAGGGGACAGAACCCAGAUGACAGAUGCCGGCAGCCGUCAGAGGACAUUGCCGGCGACACUGCAGGAGGGACAUCGCAGGAGCGCAGGACAAGGUAAGUGACCGGGGGAUCCCGGAGCAGCGCCGCAUGGUAAGCCCGAGUAUAGCUCGGGGCUACCGCUUUUGCUACACUCGGGAAUACUGCCAGGGAGGUUA